CUUUCUUUGAGACGUAAACUUUGGAAGUAAAGCACAGUUUUUCGACAGAUCACUGAUUAUUGAAGACGUUGUUGUUUUUUUGUCAUAGUUCGGCAGAUGUGAGCCAGAGAAAUGUUUUUCUUAAAGGAAGUGUGGUUUCUGCUAUUAUUCCUUGUUGGAUAUUCUACAGGUGAUGAUAGUGAGCUCAAUUUGAAUGUGAUAGGUUUCACUUCAACUCCUGCUGUUAAGGGGUAUAAAAUAGACGAAACUGUUAUUCAAGGUUUCAGUUCCGACAAUUCAAGUAAAAUCACACUCAGCAUUAAUCGGUUAGCCAAUCGGGAGGAGUUUUCAGGAGAACAACUUUGCAACAGUAGUGAUAAUAUAGUGAAUAGUGGUGUUCAUCAAUAUGUCGAUUGUUCUUGUCGUGGCCCUAAGUCCUGUACAGCUGAAAUUAGUUGCGAACCUGCAGGUGACUGCUCUGUUGACGCCCGAGUCGGUGUAUUCACAGCGUACGCUGAAAAAGGUUCGCGAAAUGGCACCGCUACAAUCAUAGUUCACGAUUACAGGACCGAUGUAAAACCGAUUGUUCGUGCGAAGACCGUCAGUGCAGGUGAUAGCAACGUUACGUUGGGCGUUAGAGAAGGGUCUAAUAGAAAUUUACGAUGGAAGAAGGACGCAGUUCUAAACACAACACGGAACGAUAUGACGGAGAUUUUAUUCGACACGAUUUCCUUAGCUGAUGCUGGGAUUUAUGAAUGUUAUGAUGAAGAGAAUUCGGAAGAACACCACGCUUUUAUGCAGCUGAUUGUAAGAGAGUGUCCACAUAAUAAAUGGUUUCCGCCUAAUUGCAACAUGAGCUGCGAGGUGUGCUACAAUGGAGGAGUAUGUGAUACAUACAUCGGAAACUGUAUUUGCCCUUCGGGAUUUAAAGGAACUAAUUGCACAAUACCUACUGGCAACAUAUUUGGAAGCGACGAGGAGUGCUUUACUGAUAACAAUAAUAAUGGUAAUGGUAAUAAUAAUAAUAAUAACGGAUGCAAAGGGAAACUGGUUUGCCCACCAAUGCCACAGGGCUGUGCCUGUCACGCUGGCUGGGAAGGAAUUGACUGUAAAACGGAAUGUGAAAAUGGUAAGUAUGGCGCUGACUGUCUACAAGAUUGUCAUUGUGACUUUGACAAUUGUGAUACUUCCAGAGGCUGUGAGGAGAAUGCAACAUGCCACUCUGGCUACAAGAGCCCACGUUGUUUAGUAUCCAGCGAAGAAUCGAGUGAUAGAACAACCUCUAUGAAAACACCAUAUGCAACAAAUUCCAACGGACCGUCGAGUGAUAGAACGACCAGUAUGGAAACUACUCAUGCAACAAGUACCAUCGGACCAACUAGUGAUAGAACGACCAGCUUGGAAACCACUUAUGCAACAAACACCAACGGACCAACGAGGGAUAGAACGACCAGCAUGGAAACCACUCAUGCAACAAAUUCCCACGGACCUUCGAGUGAUAGAACAACGAGUAUGGAAACCUCUCAUGGUAAUGUAUAUUGGUAAUGUGUCUGUCAAAUUGACAUGGACCUAUAAUACGUAUUAUAGCUCCAUGGUAAUUUGUAAAUGCGUAUCAGCCAAUCGCGAACCCUCUCGGUGACAAUGAUGAAGAAUGGUUUAGGUCAGUUAAUUUAAGUCUGUCUAACCUUUUUUUUUUUUACAGCAUCUCACAGGUUAGUAAAAGGUACAAGAAUUUUUUAACUUGCAGAUAAGAUUUUGGAGAUUUUUCAGAUUACAAAUGACGAGAUAAAUUUCAAGACGGACAUCCUGAUUCAUCGAAUAAUCUUUGGACAUAGUCUUCAAAAGGGCUGGCUAUUCUUGCACGAUUGCACACCGGGGGACAAGUUAAAUGCAUUCAACCUUGAUAACGACAACACGAACGAAAAGAAUAUGUCGGGAACAAUCUUAUUGAAACAUGUAAUUCCUUUUGAAUUUCACGACGAUAACAUUCUAUUAAGAGACAGAAACUGUUAUAUAGUAUCCAGUAUAACUAUUGCACAUGAAUGGACUAAAACAACAGAUGGCGUAUUUUAUCCGCCCUCAAAUUUCAUAUUCAUUAACAACUUUUUAACUUUUAAGCAAUUGAACAAUAGCAUCAAUCUCGUAUUCCUGACACAAUCAUGGAGAUAAUAACUUUACAUUAUAGAAAUGUUGGAUUGGAUUUCAUUGUUGUGAAUACCACAAGAAAUAACCCACGAAAUUCUGAAGACAGCGGGUUCUACUGAUGUUGAAUCGGGCAGUCACCGGAAGAAAUUUCCUGGUUUUUCCGAAGUACAUCUUUUCUUUAACGUGCAAAUGGGUCAUAACAUUCAACGGUUUUUAACGUCUCAUCCGAAAGACAGUGCGCUAAUGAGACUCAGUUGCAUUUCAGCCAUCCAGUAAAAACAAGGAUAGCAGAGCGGAUAGGUUUUUAAUUGCUUAAAGAUGUUCACGGUUCAGCGCACACAUAGUUGCUACAUCAUUAUUUUAUUAACAUAAAAUAAGAAUAUUGAGUAUGUCACGUGAUCAGAUUGCCAUGGAAUAUCAAAAACAUUUGUACUGUAUCACGUCAUGUCUUUAAAUUUUGAUAAAAUUUUAAACCAUAUUGAA